AUGACUCUUCGCAUGACACCGACAGGCGUCUCUCAAGACCGAGAUCAAACACGAGCACAACAUCAACAGCAGCAAACGCAAACGCAAACGCAGCAGAACGCGUCAUCUCCAAUGUAUACUACUACUACUCCCAAUCCCAAUCCAAACUUCACAGCUACAUCAACAUCAAUAUCAGAAAUCGCAUCUCCACAUCCCCCUUCCUCCGUAACGCUCCUCAUCCUCGGAGCAGGAUGGACAUACCAAUUCCUACACCCAGUACUCUCCCACCACCAUAAAGUCACAUACGCCGAAACCACCACCACCGGCCGCGACGGAACCAUCCCAUUCAAAUUCGACCCCGACUCUAACAGCAACGAACAAUUCAAAGCCCUCCCUCAAGCAGACUACGUACUCAUCACGUUUCCACUAAAGGGAGUGGGGCAAAGUGCGAAAUUGGUCAGGAUGUACAACGAAACACAUGCCGCUACGACGACACCGACAGAGUCAUCCACACAGACAUCGUCAAGGACAACUUCUGCAACAAAAUGGAUCCAACUAGGUUCCACCGGCAUAUUUACCGCCGCCGACUGGAACGACUCAUCCUCCCCCAUCGACGAGUCCAACACGCGCGGCGUGGCGGAGCGCGAACUCAUACAAGUGGCAAAUGGAUGCAUACUCAAUCUGGCAGGGUUAUAUGGUGCAAACCGAAACCCCAGAAAUUGGGUGUCGAGGGUCGCGAAGACGAAAGACCAGUUGGCCGCAAAGGGGGCGGUGCAUUUGAUUCAUGGGGAGGACGUGGCGAGGGCGGUGGUGGGUGUUAUAUUAAAGGAUCUGGAGCAAGACCAAGAACCAAUUCAGUCACUGCCGUCCUCAAGUCUGUUCGGUAGACGAUGGAUCGUGGCGGAUUGUGUCUCGUAUGAUUGGUGGAGUUUGGUUUGGGACUGGAUGGGCGAGAGUAAUGAACCUCAAAGUGAUAAUGAGACUGAAACUGGGAGAAACAUGGCAUCGACAUCGGGGACAGUCGAGACUGUUCAGACAGCUACAGCUUCCGAUGAACAACGACGACAACAGCAGAGAGAGGAUCCGUCAAAAACAACAACGGAAACAGACACAGACACAAUCAUAAAAAGACAAUAUAGGCAAUGGAUAUUGGAGCUGAUGGAAGAACAUCAUGUCCGCGGAUUGCCAAGGUCCAUUGAUCAGCUGGGGAGGAAGUUGGAUGCCCGGGACUUUUGGAAGGCGGUCGGGAUUCUACCUAAGAGGAGUCUGGCUAGGUAA